CAUCAUGGGAGCCCCUUGUAGGUUGAUCGUUCAAAGUGAUUGGGAUCAAGUUUUGAGAGACAACGAAGGCAAGGCCUGGGUAACCUGGUGUAGGCAAGGCCAACAGAAAAUCCACAGUGAAAUUCAUACAGAAGGGUUAUCUACAUCAGGCCAACCUUAUGUUACUGCUUCUGAUAAUUUCAAUGUGGAAUGUAUAACAAAGAAAACCCUAACCCUUUCAUACACUGAUGUGAUGAGUUGUUACAGAUGCAACUUCCAAGCACCAAAUAUCACUUUUAACACAGUGCACAGGCCAAAGAAAAGUGUUAUCUGUGUUGAUGCAACCUCUGGAGAUUUAGCAGUGUCCAGUGAUACAGAGGGAAAGCUAAGGGUGUGGCAGACAGACACAGGAGAAGUUAGGAGAGACCUAACAGGCCACCUAGGUGAUGUGUAUACCUGCCGUUUCUUUCCUUCUGGACUGGUUGUCCUGUCUGGCGGGGCUGACAUGCAGCUCAAGAUCUGGUCUGUUGAAAAUGGACAGUGUGCAGCCACUCUCAGAGGUCAUACUCAGGGCAUAACAGAUACAGCCAUAGUGGAAAAAGGACGGAACAUCAUAUCGUGUUCUAGAGAUGGUACAGCAAAGCUGUGGGACUGUGGCCACUCUGCAUGCCUGGGGACUGUGUCAGACUUAGGGGGUGUGGUCAAUGGGUGUGCCCUAGGAGAACCGGAUAACAGGAUAGAACUGGGAGUGCCAGUAGAACAGCCAAGUGAACGUGAAGUGCUUACUGAAGGAAAGAUGCUUCUGCUGGCAGUGGAAAAUGGCACCUUGCAAGGUUUUGGGCUGCACAGUAGAAGUAAGAUCUUUGAGUAUAAGUGCACAGAUGCUGUUAAUUGCUGUAAUUUUCUGUCCACAACCACAGUUGUUUGUGGAACCCAAGAUUCCACCCUAAACUUACUCGACCUGAGGAAUACCAGCACACCGAUAAAAUGUUGGAAGGAACAAAGAGGAGCCGUUUUGUCACUUCUGCCCCAUAAACAAGGAUUCUUUUGCAGUACAGGUGAUGGAUCUUGUUUUUAUGUGGAUGAACAGCUUUCAACAAACUUAGAAUUAACUGGAUCAGAUUGUGAUCCAAUAUACAAGAUAGCACUUGACAGUACAAACUUGCUAACAGCAUGCCGAGAUGGAUCUGUGAGAAAAUACAAGCUUGGUUAAGAAAAGGUUAUGGAGUUACACAAGUUCACUUAUCAGGGGAAUUUAUAAACUUGUCUGAUCUCAAGGGCAUUAUUAUUCACUACAAAAUGUUUCAACUUUAGCUUUCCUGGAUAGUUUUAGCAAUUUAAGUGUUGGACAAAUUAUUAUUAUCAGAGAUGUAUUUAAUUCUUGAUAUAAAGCAGGAAAUCAAUAUUAUUUAAUGUUAUUGACACAUGUACAGCUCAACAGUUGUGAUUCUUAAAAGAAAUUAGAAAUAGGUCCGUGGAAUCAUGAUGCCCUUUGCCUUAAUACAUUUGUUGGAUCUUCAUUCAUGAGUUCAACAUUUUCUUCACUGAAUGCCUGUCUUUAAAAAAGCAUUUUUAUAAAUACUAAGUGAGAUUUAUUGUCACAACGUGCAUUAGGUUUCACUUAAGUUCAAGUCCGUUUUUGCAAGGUUACUGCCAAACAGCAUUCAUUUUAUGUUUAUACCACAAUGAUAUUCUUAUGUUCUAUCUUGUCAACAGCAGUAAUUCCUGAUAUCUCAGCAUGGGACACAUUUUCAGUUACUUUCACUUCCAGAGACCUGUCCAUUUAAUUGUCUUUACACAAUGCAUCACCUGGUAUGCAUGGACAAUGCUGUUUCUUCCUUCACAGAAUUUGGUUUCUCAUUUCACCUUGUUUUAUUGAAAAGUUGGUUUGUUAUCUGACUCAUCAUUGCCUUUGGAAACUGUUAAAUGCCAUUGUUUUGGAUGUGAGCCUUCCCUGAUGAUUGCAGCAUGGUUGGCAACAAAGAUUUUAUGCAGAUUUUAUAUUUUUUUGUUAUGUGUGAAUAGGUCGGCUUUGUUACCUAUUUGCUCAGCUGUGCUUAUGUAGCAUUUACUCUCAUCAUAAGGUAAUCCUAUUGGCCCACUCUUGCUAUAGCACUAAAUAAACCACUUGCACCAUUGGCUGGUUUUGGUUUGUAUUACAUGUUACUGUACAUUCGGUGGCAGUGGUGGGAUUCAUAAUCAUUGGGUCUGGACUAGUUACUGGUUUUUGGGUUUUGUAUUAGGACAAUCAUAGAUAAAAUUACCUUCUUUUCCACAACCGUAGCAUUUGGGCCUUCCUCUCUUCGCUGCCGUUGUGUUUUGCAUCUCAGAGAUUGUCACUUCUAGAUCAGCUACCUGUUGACUAAGAUCCUGAUACUUGUCCUAACUUGGACAUUCAUCAAAACUUCAUACAUAAAUGUAUCUUGAUCCCUUGUUGUGUAACUCAGUUGAGUGGAUUACUGAUUUUAUAACCAACACAUAAUUAUAAAAGGUGGUGCUUAUAAUAUGCCACCAAGAAAAGACUACGAUGUUGCAUCUUUUCUCCCCAGCGACUGCUGUAAAUAAUGAGAUUUUGACUCUGAUCCGGGUAUUUUAGGUUGUGCACAAUUUGGAAGACAUUGAAUGCUUAUUGCCACUGGCCAAAAGUGAUGUCCUUUGGUUUUUUCUGAUCUUUACUGAGGCCCAAUGAUUUCAGGAGAUUCGUUUCUGGUAGGUCAUCAGGCGCUUCCCAUUCAGACGUGUUGGAUGAGUUUGAAGUACGCGGAAUGAGCUCCUUGAAAGGAACAUGUUCCUGGUUCCAGAUUUUAUGACAUGUUUUUGCUAAGAUGGGCCAAAAGAAGAUUAGAGGCAAUCUGACCUUGCAAGUCAUCCUCAUCACUGUGGUCUGUGCUCCAUGUGAUUUGGUCCAUUGCGUGAGUCGAGGUGUGAUGAUUCAGUAAAGGGUGGGACAUUGUCCAUAGUUGGUAUGCAUUAAUUCCUGUAUUUGAUGUCUGACCUGCAGCAUCGGGCCGACUGUUGGGAAAGAGGGUGUAAAUUCUCACUCGCUGUGGGGCGGCACCUUGUGGUGUGAUGGUGUGUCCAGUUGUUCUGGCUCCUGCUGUAGCUCUCAGAUCUAGCGGUCUCUUUGGUGGGAGCUCAAGUCCUCCCUGAUACAUGUCCGAUGUUGUGGGUACCCGAGUUGGUUGACCUGGGUCUGUUGAGAUGGGUUUCCUUUCAGGAAGACCUGGAGAUCCUGUAUUCAUCCUGCAAUUUCUUGAGUUCUGAAAGAGAGGAAAGGGUAUGGUGACUCCCAUGGCAGAGAUUAAAACCCUGUCAACUUUUCUUUUAUGUAUGCAUGUAUCUAUCUAUCUAUCUAAAGACGUGUAUAUUCAUGCGGUAUUGUGGUGCUUGCACUUAGUCUUUUUUUCAUGCAAGAGCGUACCCCUGAUGGAACGAUAAUACUUUGUGGUGCCCCAGUGGUUUAGGUGGGUGCCAUCUAUGGUGAGCAUCUGUUUCCAUGGAGAGUUGCUCCGAUUUGGGGCCAGUAACUGGCCUUCUCUCUUUCUUGAAGCUUAUUUUUUAGAAUUCGAUUAGUCUUGUCUAUUGACUUGUUAAAAGUGAAUUCCUGUUGUUUUGUUGUGAUUCUGCCUCUUGGUGAUCAACAGCGAUGAAAAAAGCUGGCACCAGAUAAAGUGAAUUUAGGGGUUUAUGCAAUGGCAUUCCCGAAUCAGACGCAUUGAAAGUGUCUACUUACUUUUGAGUAAUCCUCUUCCAAAUUUCCUCUUUUGAUUUUUGAGUAACUGAGUUCGAUAGCUGAUAAAAAAGAGAAGGGUUGUAGGACACCUCCUCCACGAUGAUGCCUAUUUCCUUGUCUGAAAAACGACUGCGCUUUCUCAGAAAACCAACCGGCUCCUCCAUUGUGUCAGCUGAGCAAACGUUCACGGAGCACGAGCAUUUGUUGUUUUUUUUCUUGCCUCCGCGGCCCGAAGAGCAGUGUUUCGAGAUAACAGUGUUUACUUCUGGGCACGCCGUCGUGCGCUAACAGCGAAAAAAUUUGCGAAAGCUACGCAAAAAAAAAUUAGCGCAAUUGCGCAAACUGUGAAACAUUUCGUGAAAGCCGGCCCUGGUCUCUUUUGUUUUGGUCCUGGUCCACUAAGCUGACUACACAGUUGUAAUAAACAUUUGCUAAAAUCAA